AUGCGCCGUUCCCUUCUCUGUUCGCUGCUGGCCGCCGCCUCUGCGCUCGCCGCCUGGGACCUCCCUCCGCGCAACUACGAGACCCACGACUAUUACGCGUUACAAAUAGACGGCUCCUCUUCCCCGUCCGAAGUGGCCGCGCGACUCGGACUCGAAUAUGAAGGCCAGCUAGGUGAGCUGGACGGCCACCACCUGUUCAGCGCUCCCAAGCACGACGACGACAUCGUUGCCGACGCGGUCAAGGAAUCGAAGCGUCGUAGACGGAAGAGAGACAGCCCAUACGAAUACACGCCCCUGGACGGCGUCCGCUUCCACCAGAAACAGGUUGCGAGGAAACGCCUGGUGAAGAGGGGGCCUGUUUCGCAGGAUGCCAUGGCGAGAGCAAGGCUGGCCCGGCGUGAUGAGGGGGAUAGUCCGGAGGAUUCCGUUGCUGUCGCUGCUCGGAAGACUGUCAUUGACACUCUAGAAAUCAAAGACCCAAUCUUCACCGAUCAGUGGCAUUUGUUCAAUACUUUGGAAGUCGGGAACGACCUCAAUGUCUCUGGACUCUGGCAGGAUGGUAUCACAGGCAAAGGCUCAACCGUAUGCAUUGUUGACGACGGCCUCGACAUGGACAGUGAGGAUCUCAAGGACAACUACUUCCGCGAUGGCUCAUAUGACUACAACGACCACGUCAAAGAUCCCAAGCCGAGACUCUCGGACGACAGACACGGCACCAGAUGCGCCGGCGAGGUUGCGGCUGCUAAGAACAACGUGUGCGGUGUUGGCGUCGCCUGGAACUCGAGGAUCUCUGGAGUGCGCAUCCUCUCUGGAGGCAUUACCGACGCUGACGAGGCACUCGCCAUGAACUACGCCUACCAGGACAACGACAUCUACUCGUGCUCCUGGGGACCCCCUGACGAUGGAAAGUCUAUGGAUGCGCCGGGCAUCUUGAUUCGAAGAGCAAUGGUCAAGGGUGUUCAGAAGGGCCGAAACGGCAAAGGUUCCAUCUAUGUUUUCGCUGCCGGGAACGGUGCCGCCAGCGAUGACAACUGCAACUUCGACGGCUACACGAACAGCAUUUACAGCGUGACGGUUGGCGCCAUCGAUAAGCUGAACGGGCAUCCUUAUUACUCGGAGAGGUGCUCUGCGCAGCUCGUGGUAACGUACAGCAGCGGCAUGAGCGAUUCCAUCCAUACUACCGACGUGGGCACGGACAAAUGCAGCACGACCCACGGAGGAACCUCCGCUGCUGGGCCCCUUGUUGCUGGUAUCUACGCGCUUGCACUCGAGGCUCGACCCGCCUUGACCUGGCGCGACAUCCAGUGGAUUACUGUCAACACGGCCGUCAAGUUUGAGUCGCAAAGCGAUUGGCAGGAAACGCCCUAUGGCAAGCAAUACAGCCACCAGUUUGGCUUUGGCAAGGUCGAUGCGUACGCUCUCGUUGAGGCAGCCAAGAAGUGGGAACUGGUCAAACCGCAGGCAUGGUAUUUCUCUCCGUGGAUGCAUGUGAAGCACGCAAUCCCCCAAGGCGAGAAGGGGCUUGCCAGCACUUUCGAGGUUACCGAGGGCAUGCUGAAGAAGGCAAAUCUGGAGAGGCUCGAGCACAUCACCGUCACCAUGAACGUCGAUCACACGAGGCGCGGCGAUCUUAGUGUCGAACUCCGUAGCCCAACCGGCAUCGUCAGCCAUCUGUCGACUGCUCGCCGUCAUGACAGCCAUGCGGGAGGCUACGACGACUGGACCUUCAUGUCCGUUGCGCACUGGGGCGAGAAUGGCAUCGGUAACUGGACUGUCAUCGUCAAGGAUACCAACGUGAACGAUCACAGCGGUUCCUUCACGGACUGGAAGCUCCGCCUUUGGGGCGAGUGCAUCGACGCCAACAAGCAGACGCUCCUGCCCAUGCCCGAGGAGAGCGACGACGACGACCACGACAUCAUCAUCGCGGACCCGCACACGACCGAGAUCACAGUCCCCUCGACGGCAGCUCCCACGGCCACCCCCAGCGAUCUCCCCGACCGCCCGACCAAGCCCAAGCCCACGGGCACCGACGCCGAAGUCACCCCCUCCAAGCCCGCCGCGACGGGCGCCUCUCCCUCGGUCACGGCACCGGCCGACAGCAGCAACGGCACGGCCACGCCCGGCGACAACUUCCUGCCCUCGCCCUUCCCCAGCUUCGGCGUCAGCAAGCGCACGCAGAUCUGGAUCUACGGCUCCCUCGGCCUCAUCGCCGUCUUCUGCUGCAGCCUCAGCGCCUACCUCUGGUGGGCGCGCCGCAAGCGCCUCCGGGCCAACCCGCGCAGCGAGUACGAGUUCGAGCUCGUCGACGGCGCCGAGGACGACGGCGCCGCCGACGCGCUCAACGGCGGUGCCGGCGGCGGCCGCAAGGGCAAGAGGCGCGCGGGCGAGCUGUACGACGCGUUUGCGGGCGAGAGCGACGACGAUUUGUUCAGCGACAGCGACGACGGGUAUAGAGAUCAUCCCGAGGGUGAUGACGAGGAGGAGGAGGAAUUCGAUGAGAAGACGGGACUCACGUCUGGUGGGAGUGGAGGCAGCUCGCAUGACGGACGGUAG